AUGAGGAAGGAUCCUAGAGAACAUAACUGCCCAACUGUAGAUAAGGGCAGUAGCAUCAAGGAGUUUAUGAGGUUAAACCCUUAUACUUUUGAGGGAGGACCUAAUCCGGUGAUUGCAGAGAAUUGGGUUCAACAGAUAGAAGAGAGAUUGGAGGUACUCGACUGCAUGGACGAGCAGAAGGUCCGGGGCUUACUCUCAUUCUCACACGGCUGGAGGGGCGGAGACACCAAAGAAAAAAAAAAAAAAAACCUAAGCAGCCGCAAAGGAGCCAUCACUCCUCACACACGCACAGCCCCUCGUGCCAGCCUCCGUCACCACCCACAACCUCACCCUCUAUCAACUCUUUGCCCCUCUCUUCUUCUCCUUCCCUUCUGCACACAACAGCAAGGCCACACGCACAGCCCCUCCGACUUCGCACACACUGUCUCCGUUCAUGCCGGCCACCCACAACACCAACCCCUCCUGUCAUCCUUACCACCAGACGACAGUCGUCCGCCCACCAGCUCCAUCCAUCUGCUUCCCAGGGCCACCAUCGUCACCCCCAAUGUCGCCGCCAUCGCUAUCUGCCACACGUUGCAACAGCCCAUCGGUCCGGCGGCUCUUCAUGGCAACAUCCAGUUGCACCGGCGCCGUCCUCCAUCAUCACUCCCAACCGGACCCGAACCUUCGGCAGCCUCCAGCUCACCUUCAGCCUCCACGUCUCCACGAGGACCACGACAGCCUCUCCAGAUCGUCGUUGUCGUCACCCCAGCUACCAUCACCCCGGCGGCUCUCCACGGCAGCAAUCCUCCGGGUUGUGCGGCCCGUAGGUGGGACUUAACCUGGUCGGCCCUCCAAGAGACCCUGAGAGACCAGCGGGUCGUGGCUGCCAUUGAGUUUGUUAAGUUACCUCGCUAGGAGUAAGUAUUGUACUAGGAUCAGGAGAUUUUUUUUUUUUUUUUGUAUGAUCCUAGGUUUAUUUUGGAUGUUUUAGAGAUUGUAUAUAAACACAGUAUUAUGGGAUUAUAGUAGACUCUGGUAUUAUAUAUAUUUAAUGGUUUUGAGAAUGUGAUUAAUA